AUCAAACGAACAUCAAAAUGGUACCACUGCAUCUAGCCCAAUUUUUUCGCGCUCAAACGAAACGUCCCAAACGUUUGGUCUUCGUUCAGAAGUUGGUCGCAUUCUGUUGAUAAAAAUGGGAUGGAAAGAAGGAGAGCAAGUAGGCAUUGGAUCCGCCAAUCCUGGUCUGAUGAAGCCCAUUGAGAUCGUGAUGAAAAAUGAUAGGAGAGGACUGCAAACUUCUGAAGAAAGCCUAAGAAUGAUAAACAUCGAAAAAAGAAUUUAUAAAGGUCAGCACCCAGUGUCUUACUUGAUUAUAUUUUGUUUGAAGAGAAGAUGGCUGAUGCCAGAGUUCGAGCUUGUUGAUGAAGGAGGUCCUCCCCAUAUGAAGUUUUUUAUUUAUAAGGUAAGGGUUAAUGGCGUGGACUAUCAGCCGGCAACAAGCAGCUGCAACAAGAAGUCCGCUAAAGUGGAGGCAGCUAUUUGUUGCCUGCAGAAAAUUGACCAUCUCGGUUGAUUCGCAGUGAGUAAGAGAAGCAGUGAAAGAAAUGAUGAAAUUAAUGGCCUGCUUUUUACAUUCUCAAAUAUAUUUACACUAUUUAAAUAUUGCAUACUGUUUUAUUAACUAACGUUCGAAAAUUUAGGAAGUGUGAAAAAUGUACAAAUAUCAUUUCUAAUUUUGUACAGAAUACAUUUUUUAUACAAUUUUACACAUCUCGCGCUAUCGUUUAAAUUCAAAUUACUUUUAUUUAUCAAAUAAUCAAAAAACGU